GCCCGGGCAGGGAGGGCUAUCCGCGCUGGCGGUGGCCCUGGAAGCAGGCGGAGAGAGGAGAACGGUGAAAUCGCUAAGAAACGCCGUCUUCGGGGAAGGAGUGCUUAUUCUGUAUGGCACAGCUGGUGAUACACUGAUAGCCCAUCAAUGGACUUAGGAGCUAAAGAUGAAGAGGAAGAGAGUCUGCAGACAGCUUUCAAAAAGCUGAGAGUGGAUGCAGCAGGGUCCGUUGCAGCUCUCUCUGCAGGCGACGGGACAGUUCUGCGAACACCGAUAAGAGCGGCUAUGGAUGGAGCUAAACAGCAGUCUACUUGCUCUAAAGAAACUUGGCAUGGGUGCGUGAGAAAGCCUGCAAGAGGAUCAGCAAGAAUCCCACGUCGCAGACGUUCCAAAUCUCCUGUCUUGCAUCCACCCAAGUUCACGUAUUGCGGUAUGAAAGCCAACAACCAGCUGAAACACAAAACCCAGUCAGACACAUCAAAGAGUAAUGUCAGUUCAGACGUUUUUGUUACAGCAGAACACGGUACAAAGGACAGGCAUGAUUCUCAGUUUGAGGCCAGUGAUGACAGAAGAGCCAGAACUGAAUCUCUGGAAGCGUCCACAGCUGAAGAGCCAUUGGAGAAUUCAAGGGAGAGUUGCCCUGCUCUCUCUUCAUCCUUUGAAACUAGCCUGGAUUCUAGCCACACUUCAGAUUUCCAGUCCUUAUCCAUGCUUAGCAAUGGCAAGCAGUGCCCUUGUACGGACAAGAAAUGCCAGUGCAAACAAUGGCGAACCAUGGAAGUGUACUCUUUCUCUGGCUUACGGAGUGUCCUGUCAGAAUGCGAAAAGGCAGUCCUGGGAGUCCACUCUCAGUCUCUUCAAAGCAGAGCCCCUUGUGGAACGGCCUCUUCAGGUUCUCCUAGAUCUUGUUCUGAGCAAGCUCGAGCCUUUGUGGAUGAUGUGACUAUUGAAGAUCUUUCAGGAUACAUGGAAUACUACUUAUAUAUUCCCAAGAAAAUGUCUCAUAUGGCAGAAAUGAUGUAUACUUGACUGAAAGCAAUAGAGAAUCAUGAAUCAGAGUUUGUGAUAAUGGUUGGGUUAAAUGCCUUGUCAGUGCCAUGGCUAUUUUCACUGCUGUGUGUUUGAUCAAAUGUUUCUUUGCAUCAUACAGUUUAGUUUUCUAAUAAAAUGAAAAAUGGAAUAUAGUUUCUGAGCUUAGUUCUAAAAAGAGUGCACUAAAGUCUCUGAAUACCUUAACAAAAGCACUAUAGAUCAAAUAAACUCCCUUUGUUUUUUGGUUUGUGCUGUGGAUAUUCAAGCUCUGUACGCUGUUUUCACUAUAUCUGGGAAGAAGAGCCUUUUAAGCUUUGUUCUGAGAUUUUUCAGUGUGUGGAAGAUUCAUUCUUGAAGCAUCCCAGUACUUAGAAAUGUUUUAUAGCUCCAGCUCUGUCUUACUCAUCCUGCUCUAGGGAGAAAAAUGAGAAGGCAUUCAGUAUUUUGGAUAGGAUGCAUAUCCUUUCCUUGAACACUGCCUGGCUUUUUCUUAGUUGGAUCAAACUGUGAAAACUUCUUCCUCAGAAGUUUGCUAGGAGGUCGGUCAAGAGUGUGCUGGAGUGUGCUUGAACCCUUUCAUACUCUAAUUAACUCACUCUUGCACAGUUAUAUUUAUCUACAGAUAGUGAAGCUCAUAGAAGCAAAAAUAUAUGUUGUUAUGCAUGCUUUACAGAUGGAGUAAUUUAAGGGAGAGUGAAGCAGGCUAAGAGAGUUAAGAAUAACAGUUCCUUUGGGCCGUGCAAUCUCUCCAAAACCUGAGAUUGUGAAGCUGUCUAUACUGAUUAUUUGCGGGUAUGUUUGCUGCACAGAGUAGGUUGGAAAUGGGGUAAACGAGAAGUGUCUAUCAUACUGCCUGUGUGGUGUGGAAGUAUAACGUUCCAUCUGGUUGAAAAUAUUCAAAUAAAACACUUUGUUGCUGA